AUGCCACGCCGACCCCAAAGUUGUGGUGUCGCAUUCUGCGCAUUCUGUGCGUUGCUCCUGGUCUUUUGGCAUCGGUCUACAUGGGAGCCAAACAUGCUGCCCUCGCUGAUCGUUUUUGAUUUGGAUGCCUGUCUCUGGUCCCCCGAGAUGUUCCAGCUGGACUCAGGAGCGCCGUCAGAAUACUGUAGCAAGCGCGGAGGUGUUGUCGCUGGAAGAGACACCGUGAGACUCUUUCCGGGGGCGGAAGCAGUGUUGCAAAAACUGGCAUCAGACACUGCUUAUGCUGGAGUCCAACUUGCCGUUGCAUCUUCCACCACGGAACCGGCCUAUGCAAAUAAGUGCCUGGAGAACUUUCCGCUCUCGGGUGGCAAGUUUGCCACGGUGGGUGAGUUGAUUCGAUAUCGGCAGAUCUUUCCUGGAAGCAAAGGAGCGAAACACUUCCCAAAUUUGCACGCUGAGACUGGUAUCCCUUACGAUCAGAUGAUCUUUUUCGAUGACUGCACCUAUGGUGACAAUUGUGCCAAUGUUGCCUCACAUUGUCCCGGGGUCACCUGUGUUCGAACCCCAGAUGGCUUAACGGAGGAGGAUUUCGUGCUCGGAUUGGCUGCCUUUGCUGCGGGCAAAAGAGAUCAUGCACAUGCCCUCCAGCUGGAGGCCAAGUUGUGGCCAGCCCUGAAGCCGCUGUUUACAGCCAAGGAGAUUCCAAUUGAGGUGGUCAUCCUCUUCUUGAAAGAGCUGGAUCUGCUGGUGGGUCUUGCCCCAGCCACUGAGACUCAGGCUGUGCUGCUUCCCUUUUUGUUGCGCUGCCUGGAAUUACAAGAGCCGACCAUUUUGAACGAGGUGUUGGAAAAAGUGCCAUAUCUCCACAAGAAGUUCGAGUACCGCCAGGUGAAGGACCAAAUCCUACCCAGGAUGCUACAGCUCUUGGGCUCAGCAGCACCCAAGGUGAAGGUUCAGGUGCUCAUGGGCUUGAGUCGAAUUUUCGAGAUCUUCGACAAGAAUACGAUUCAGGACGUGGUGCUGCCGGCCUUUGAGAAGCUGACGAAGUCGGCAGGGACACCUGGGAUCCGUUGUGCCAACAUGUUCAAACGUUGGAUGGACAAGAAUUGCUACUGUCCGGUGGGCCUCUUCUGGGCUGCGCCCUCACGGGCGCGCGCAGAGGAAUUCCAAGUAACAAGGCUGUGGUCUGACCCACUGCUUGAUCCGUGGGGUCAGUACCAUCCCUGGUGUACAGUCAGAGGGUCGAAGGAAUGGGGCAUGAUUUACCCAGCUUAUUGCUGGACAGCCGGCCUGGGUUUUGCCAGCAUCGUUCUGUGGAGCGCCAUACGUUUGCAGCAUUGGUACCGCGCGGCAGCUGGGCACGAUCAACGCCUGCAGGUCGCCAUUCACGCUCUGAGCCUGGCUGCUGCUGCGGUGCGCACCAUCUAUGUGGCUGCAGAGGCCAUCUUGGUGGAUGCUGCUCCCAACGGAAGUCCAUUGCUGGAGAAAGUGGCUGGGGUGCUGUACACCGCCUUCUUUUCCCUGUCUGCGGCAGCUUUCCUCUGCACCUGCAACCAGUGGCUGCGGCUCUUCGUUUCCAUGGACUUGACGCAGGAUGGCGAAGCCCUGGAAGAAAAGCCCUGGUAUCGAAAUCCGCUACUGUUGGUUUGUCUUCUCUUCCUAUCUCUGGAAGCUUUGCACGACAUCCUGUAUCUUGAUGGCAGUCAUCCAGUCCUCGAUGGGAUGUAUUUCUUUUGGCUGUCGCUCAUCAGCGUUCUCGCUGCCUUUCUGGGUGUACGCAUUGCCUGGCGCUUGUAUACCCGACUACGACUGUGGCUCAGCGCGGAUGAGAGAAAUUUGGUCUUCCGACGGACGCUGAUGUCUUCGGCUUUAGUGUCAGUCAGCUCUGUUUGUAUGCUGAUCCUCAGUGUCAUCCAAGCCCUGGUUGGGCGCUACUACGUUUGGUCCUGCCUGGUCUGCUGGAUGUUGGGCCGAUUGUUGGAGUUUGUGUACCUCCUGAUGGUCCUCAGAGCAGUUGGUCGUGCAAACACUUCGACAGUGACGAGUAACACCUCGUUGCAUGGCCUCCAAGACGCCAGCUUUGCCGAGAGUUUCAGCAGUGUUGACAGUCCAGGACGGCAUGCAGCACAUGGGCGGCAGCCACUUUGGAUCACCACACGAUGGUCUGGAGGCACAACUGGUGGGUGCAAAAAAGCUGAGCCUCAGAGCCUGACUCCAGGGGACUCCAGGGAUGUCGAUGUACCGCCUAACAAUCCCAAUUUGUCUCGGCUCACCCCGCUCCACUGGCUGACUCUGAGGACCGAACGCCGGCCAUUUGCAUGUGCCUGCUGGGCUGCUACGAUGCUAUGA